AUGAAGUCCGCCCCUUCUUCCAACGGGAGCGUUCAAAUGUCGGCUCUGAACCAGAAAGCCUCCACCAUGAGCAUGAUGAUGCCUCUCCGCUCCGAAUCCUUUGCAUACCCCAAGGCUGGUUCCAGUGACAUUAUGGCGCAGAUCCAGUUUUAUGGAAGACAGCACGGACAAAAGAUUUUGGCCACAUUGUCAUUUCUGGUCUUUAUCCUCUUUAUCUCUUCCGAUUAUGUCCAUGAUGGCAGCGGCUUGGGGAAUUUGAGACGUAACAGUCGGUACGGCGCUUCGUUUGGUGGUGCUGCUCACAGAGGCUACUUCAGAGUGGAAGACAGUAUCAAGCCAAACAGCAAAUUCACAUUUGCGGCUAUUACUGACUUGGACGAAUUAUCCAAGGAAAAGGAAGCCAGAAAACCAACUUGGGAUUCAUUCAUGCUGCUGGGAGACAUCCAGUGGGUCAAUGGAAAGUACGCCCUCACCAUGGAACCAAAGAUGCGCACUCUCAAAACCAAACACAACGAAGCCGGGCGUGGAGCAGAAUUCUCAGAACUCACCAUCUACCACAAUCGACUGCUCACGUUUGAUGACCGUACCGGGGAUGUUUUUGAAGUCCUAAAUACCCCCAAUGGAGAUGACUCUUUUGUGGUGCCACGAUUUGUUAUUACCGAAGGAUCUGGGGAUACGGAUAAAGGAAUGAAAUGGGAGUGGAGUACCGUCAAGGAUGAUUUGCUGUACAUGGGAUCCAUGGGAAAAGAAUACACCAACCCUGACGGUUCCAUUGCCAACACCAACAAUCUUUGGGUUGCCACUCUCAGCGCUGAGGGAGUCCUAAGUCGUAUUGACUGGGCCAAAAAUUACAACGUCGUCCGCAAAGCUUUGGGAGCCGAAUCACCCGGGUAUGUCAUCCACGAAGCCAUCAAUUGGUCGGAUCAUUUGAAAAAAUGGGUAUUUUUGCCCAGACGAAUCUCUUCCGAAGCGUACGAUGAAAACAAGGAUGAAAAAAAUGGAUCCAAUAAACUUGUCUUGGUCAGCGAAGACUUUUCAUCCGCUAAAGUUGUGGAAAUCAACAUGGCUGACAAGGACGGAUUGCAUGGAUUCUCUUCAUUUGCGUUUGUGCCAAAUACCAAAGAUAGACAUGCUCUCGCUUUGAGGUCUGUGGAGGAAGACUGUGUGGGCGGGGAUGAUCAAGUAUGCAAGCAACGAUCCUACAUUGUGGUGUUCGAUGUUAUGACGGGAGAGGUGCUAUUGGAUGAAGUCAAAAUCGAGGCAAAUAUGAAAUUUGAAGGUGUGGAAUUCAUGGAUCCUCACAUCACGCCUCCCGCUUACUAA